GCCGGAGCCAAAAGUUUUUCCAUAAUAAUUCACUCAUUAAAUACAAUCGCAACCUGAAAUUAUGUAGGGGAGAUCCACGGACUCUCCGAUUCCAUCUUCCCUCGACAUCAAGUGUUCCCUUGAGGGCAUGAACUGCUGCAAUGCUAGUCUACAGAAAUGCUGGAGCUGUGUAGGCAGCAUUAUGCGGUCUUAAUUUGAAGUUGGAAACUUUAGAGUUCUCACUUGCUGCCUUGCUGGUUAAGUGUUGCAUUAAUUUAUUGAUAUGGCACUCGUUAGUAGUCCAAAAAGAGUAUCAAGUAAUAUUAGUGAAGAAGAAGAGUUUGAGCAUUUUGAUGAUUUUACUCUUGCCUCUUCAUGGGAGAGGUUCAUUUCUGAAAUAGAGGCCGUGUGUCGGCAGUGGCAGGCUGAUGGUCCAAAGAAUCUUUUGGUGAAUGGUGCUAUUCAAACAGAUCUUAACAUGGGUUUGUACAAGGUUAAAUCUGGAUUCAAGUAUGCUAUGAAGUACUAUUGCAUGGAAUACUAUUUUGAAACAAAUAAUGAUGGUGAAGUUGAUAGCUGGAACAAAGCAAUGAAUUGUAUGCAGCUGUCAUUUGGAGUGAAGGAAUUCGUGGUGCUUGCCCCGGAAAGCAAAAGUGGCAUGGUUCUUGAUGCACCAGAGGCUACCAAACUUUUAAGUGCGGUUGCCAUUGCUUUAUCCAACUGUUCAUGUUUGUGGCCGGCAUUUGUUCCCGUUCAUGAUUCUUCACGCCAAGCAUAUAUUGGAAUUCAGAAUAUGGGGACAAUUUUUACUAGAAGAUUUGAAGCUGACUGGAUUCAUAGCCAGAUCCCCGAAAAGCUUAUGCAUUUGGCAGGAUUGUAUGAGUUGUUUGUCUCUAAAUUUGGAUAUGCUGCUAUGGACGUAUCAAUGCAUCAUUACAAAGUUCACUUCAAGAUGAAGAUAACCUACAUAACCCCAAGAUUAGAUGAUGAACAUGAUCUCCAAGAAAGUGAUAUCGAUGUUUCAUCUGGUGAAACUUUUGAGAAUUACUCCAAUGGCAAAAUGCUCUGGGACAAUGACUGUCCUUGGAGCGAAUGGUAUACUGCUGAAGAUCCAAUCAAAGAAUUUACAUUGAUUGCUAUAUGGCCUGAAUCAACAGCUGAAAGUUCUCUGGAUAUGGCUGAGUUAGAAAGCGCAUCUCCUCUAGAAGCCAAUAAGUGGUUUUUAUAUCCUAAUCUUUGCCAUAAUCGUGGUACUGAUGGAAACACUAUCGGAUUUGCAUCACAAUUGCGACUUUUGGUUGAGGCCUUAGAGAUUUCAUUACUGGCUCAAUUCAUGGAAGAUUUUGUGUCAGCAGUAGACAAGUAUGAUUUCACAAAUCUGAGCCCUCCUGGAGUCAUACCUCCCCCAAUAGUUCUAGACCGUGUGUUGAAAGAUCUUUUUCGUGAAGGUAAUGGAACUCAAAUGGGUUCCUCUCCGCAUGAGCAUAAAAGUUCUAGAGCUAUCAAAGGAGCUCCACUUGACUCACUCUUUGCACAAUGCUGCUUACACGCUCUUUGGUUUGGAAAUUGCAAUAUACGGGCUAUUGCUGUACUCUGGAUAGAGUUUGUGCGUGAGGUUUGUUGGUGUUGGGAAGAAUCUCAACCUUUACCACGAAUGCCGGCCACUGGCAGAAUCGACCUAUCUACCUGUUUGAUCAAUCAGAAACUUCAGAUGCUUGCUAUAUGCAUCUACAAGAAGCGUCUUCAGAGUGAAGAAUAUGAAACCAGUGAACAAGAUGAUUUUUCCAGUAUGUGUGUACAGGUUCCUGGAGAGUUAUCUGCUUCUCAUGAGGUUGAAGGUUUUGGAAACAACAAUGACAGGGAAGAACUGUCCUUGGCUUCAACAUCUAUGAUGCUUUUAAAAUCAUGCAAGAUAAUGUAUGCUCCAGUAAUCCAGGGCCCCCCUCCUAUGACAGAAGACAUGCAUGAAGAACGUCUUCAAGCUGCUCAAGCCUUGGGUGAUUCAUUUAUGUACUCAGGUCAGCUUGAAAAGGAUAUUUUGGCUUCAGACAUGUCUGCAUUCAAGGCAGCUAAUCCAGAAGCUGUUUUUGAAGAUUUUAUCCGUUGGUAUUCACCAAAAGAUUGGGAAAAUGAGAAUAGUGAUUUGAGUGAAAGCUCUCAUACUAAUUUAAUAAAGAAUACAUCAGAAGUUGAAUGGCCACCCUGUGGAAGACUUUCAGAAAGGAUGUCUGAUCAUGGGAACUCAUGGAGAAAGAUCUGGAAUGAGGCUUUCCCUCUGCCUGCUUCUAAACAAAAGCCACUAUUUGACCCAAUAAGAGAAGGAGAAAAGGCACUUCAUUAUUUGGAGACACUAAGACCACAUCAACUGCUGGAACAAAUGGUUUGUACGGCUUUCAGCGCAGCAGUGGACACUCUUAAUCAGACUUCCUUUGGUGGCUUUAAACAGAUGACAGAAAAAAUGGAGCAAUUGUACAUCAACAUUGCCUCUGUUCUAAGAUUCAUGCAAUCAUAUAAUGCUACUCAAGAUCCUGAUGUCAUUGGAAACCUCCAUCAGAUUUGUUCUACUUUUGAACACACUGAAAAAUUGCUGAUAUUAGCUGCAUCACUUCAUCGAAAGUUCUUAGAAGCAUCCCACCUUGCUGAAGCAAUUUUUGAUAAUUACUAUGACUACAAUUUCCUGAAAAUGAAAAAUGAUUGGGCACAGAGUGAUGCUGAAAAGGAAUUUGACAGAAAGUUUGAAGUACAGCCUCAAGACCGAAGCACUGUUGCUGAUAUGUUUACCCCCGCUACUACCGCUGAGUCAUGGAGAAAAGAUUUGAGAAUGGGAAAUCUCCUCAAUGGACACGAACCCGCGUCUCGGGAGUUAAUAUUUUCCAAGCUGGACGAAGUGAGUGGAAGCUAUUAUGUAUCAUCAGGUUCUCCCACAGUUUACGAGCAAGAAAUUGAAACUUGUAGAAUGUAUGUUUGUGGAACCUCUAAUGACCUUCGUGUGUCACUUAGUGUAGCCUCAUCUGAUUAGAUUUCCUCAAGCAAUAUAGGAAUAGAGGUUAGUGUUCUUGUAAUUUGCUGGAAUCAUAUAGUUCAUGCUCCUUUCAUUUCUUUGAUGAGGUUUAUAUGCCUAAGGGAUUGGUUAAAUUUGCGUAUUGCAUUUUAAGCUGCAUCAUUUGUAGACACAUUUGAUAGUGUGUGAAUUUUAAAUAAUUACAACAUAUGAUGAACAUUUUUUA